UCCGCCGCACUUCGUUAUAUCCGCCCGCUCUUAACGGACUCUUCGAGGCGCCAAAUCAAUUUACUUCCCUCGGUUCAUCAGAUCUCUCACACUCUCGCCUCGCCCUCACUCACCAACCUUCAAUUCUUCCACCAUUAUCGCAAAAUGCAUUCCUCAAUCUCUCUCUCCAUCUCCUCCCCCGCAUCCUCCCUCGCCCCUCCCAAAUCAACAUCCGCCAUUGAAUCCCCCCAUUUCAAUCUCCGUUUCUGCGGCCUAAGACGCGAGGCCUUGGGAUUUUCAUCGCUCAAACGCUCCGAUUCCCAUACUCUCCACCUCUCCACCAGCUCCCGCUCCAGGAGGAACGUCGUCUCUGCUGCUCUCUCCGGCAAUGGAAGUCCCUCCAAAUUCGACUACGAUUUGCUCAUUAUCGGAGCUGGCGUCGGUGGCCAUGGAGCGGCUCUUCAUGCUGUAGAGAAGGGUCUUAAAACUGCCAUUGUAGAGGGAGAUGUGGUGGGUGGAACAUGUGUAAACAGAGGAUGUGUUCCUUCUAAAGCUCUUCUAGCUGUAAGUGGUAGGAUGCGUGAACUUCAGAAUGAACAUCACUUGAAGGCUUUGGGUUUGCAGGUCUCGGCUGCUGGAUAUGACAGACAAGGAGUGGCUGAUCAUGCUAAUAAUCUUGCUUCAAAAAUUCGUACUAAUUUGACCAACUCAAUGAAAGCCCUUGGAGUUGAUAUAUUGACUGGUGUUGGUACAAUUUUGGGCCCUCAAAAGGUUCAGAUUGGUUCUUCUGACAAGAUAGUAACUGCAAAAGAUAUAAUCAUUGCUACCGGUUCUGUCCCUUUUGUUCCAAAGGGCAUUGAAGUUGAUGGGAAGACUGUUAUUACCAGUGACCAUGCACUAAAACUGGAAUUUGUUCCUGAGUGGAUCGCUAUUGUUGGGAGUGGCUAUAUUGGUCUUGAGUUCAGCGAUGUAUACACUGCCCUAGGAAGUGAGGUUACCUUUAUUGAAGCGCUUGAUCAGCUUAUGCCUGGAUUUGAUCCUGAGAUUGGAAAGUUGGCCCAGAGGGUUCUAAUAAAUCCACGGAAAAUUGAUUACCAUACUGGAGUAUUUGCAUCUAAGAUUACUCCAGCAAAGGAUGGGAAACCAGUGACUAUAGAGCUUAUAGAUGCAAAAACUAAGGAACCUAAAGAUAGUUUAGAGGUAGACGCAGCACUGAUUGCAACUGGAAGGGCCCCAUUCACUAACGGUCUUGGAUUGGAAAAUAUCAAUGUGGUCACACAACGUGGUUUUGUUCCUGUUGAUGAGCGCAUGAGAGUGAUAGAUGCAAAUGGAAAACUGGUUCCUCAUGUAUACUGCAUUGGUGAUGCGAAUGGGAAGAUGAUGCUUGCUCAUGCAGCCAGUGCACAAGGCAUUUUGGUGGUUGAACAAGUUACCGGAAGGGAUCACGUGCUCAAUCAUUUAAGCGUCCCUGCAGCUUGUUUCACUCAUCCCGAAAUUAGUAUGGUUGGACUUACUGAGCCUCAAGCAAGGGAGAAAGGCAAGGAGGAGGGAUUUGAAGUAAGCGUUGCCAAGACAAGUUUUAAGGCAAACACAAAGGCCCUUGCAGAAAAUGAAGGAGAGGGUCUCGCCAAGCUAAUAUAUAGACCCGAUAAUGGAGAGAUACUCGGAGUUCAUAUUUUUGGAUUACACGCCGCAGACCUUAUCCACGAAGCAUCAAAUGCAAUAGCACUAGGAACACGCAUUCAGGAUAUUAAAUUAGCAGUUCAUGCACAUCCAACACUAUCUGAGGUGCUUGAUGAACUAUUUAAGUCAGCUAAGGUUGAAGCUCAUGCUCCCAGUGCAGUAAGUGAACCGAUUGCAGUGUAAGCUUCUCGAACGCUCAAAGCCUUCUUUUUGAAGAAUUUUACUUUUGUUAGGGAGUUUUGAGAAACAACACGAUUUCUAGACAGCGAGAUCAGCAGGGUCAUCAUAAUGCUGGAAGAAACAACCAAGUCUUGAGAGAGUUAGCAGAUGUCGUGCGGUUGGUUUGGUCCAAAAUAUUUUAGUAUCUUUGUCAUUCUUAUUUUAUUGAUUAAUCCAUGUCUCGCAAAUGGAACAUCAACCUGCAAUUGCUUCCUCGUUUAGAUGCUAUUUUUGCCUGUGAUUUUUAACGAGUAAUUUAAUCAUAUGAAGCAAUAUAAGUUGUAAUGGUAACUUUUUUUUUUUUUUGUUGAAAAUAGUUGUAAUGGUAAAUGAUGAGACUUGUUUUUACUCA